AUGAAAUUUUCAUCGGUGCUCUCGAUAACGCUUCUGUUGUCGGCGUGUUUCUUCAUUCCGACGCACGGAAAACGCUCUUUCGGCGUGAGUCGCCGUCAAAAAACGCAAAAAAGUUAUUCCGCUCGUCGUGGCGACGGUCGAAAUUCGCAACCGGUUGACACGCAUCACGAUCCCAUUCCGAAACCGCCACCACCAAAGAGCGUUUCGAAGACAGAAUCAAGUCAUGCGUCAGCUCCGCCGUCUCCAGGAUGGAAUACACACAAUCAGCAUCCGCAAGGACCUCCGCCAGCGUAUCCGGGAAUGGGUCACAAUGCUGCUCCCUCACACGGAAUGCCUCCAGCAUACUCCCCAAGUUACAAUAAACCGCCAGCUUAUUCGCCAUAUCCGCAACAACCUUACGGAAAUGCGCCCCCAGCAGGAGGAAUGUCACCUUACGGCGGCAUGGGAGCCUAUGGACAACAACCAGCCAUGGGAGGAAUGCCUUACCAACAACCAAUGGGCGGCGGCAUGCCCAUGUAUCAACAACCCAUGUACCAACAACCCCAAAAAUCGAGUUCUGGCAUGUCAGUUGGUGGCGUUCUCACAGGAAUGGCAGUUGGCGGCAUGGCAACUCAUCUCGUUGGCAGUAUGAUUCCACGACGUCACAUCACGGAGCAGCACAUUCAUCACUAUGAACAUUCCGAUAAAGAUGACAACACUCCCGCAGCUGCUCCCGUACCGCAAGAAGGCUUAGCUCCGCUCGUAACGCCAGAUCCCGUGAUGCUUGCGGCAAAUCCCGCCGAGCAAAAUCAAUUCAGUCAAAGUCAACCGCAGGAAAAUAUCCAACCCCAACCCCCCAUGGAGCCAAUUUAUGCCUUUAACUAUGCCCCGGCCUACGUUCAACCGGUAAUUCCGCCGCAACAGCAACCAACCACAAGUCAAGGCGAGGAAACGUCGUCGUCGUCAUCGCCCCCAACCACAGCAGAAGACGACGCCACAGCUUCUUCGUAG